CCAACGCCGAGUCGACAACCGCCGAUACAUCAACAAAAGAUGGCCAAGGAAGCGCCUCGAUCCGGUUUGGCCGUCGGCCUGAACCGCGGCCACAAGACCACCGCCCGUGUCGUCAAGCCCCGUGUCUCCCGGACCAAGGGCCACCUGAGCAAGCGCACGGCUUUCGUCCGCGAGGUCGUCAAGGAGGUCGCUGGUCUCGCCCCCUAUGAGCGCCGCGUCAUCGAGUUGCUCCGCAACAGCAAGGACAAGCGUGCCCGCAAGCUGGCCAAGAAGAGGCUCGGUACUUUCGGCCGCGCCAAGAAGAAGGUCGACGAGCUCCAGCGCGUCAUCGCCGAGUCCCGCCGUGCCGGCCACUAAACGAAAGAGAGUCGCGGAAGCGCCUUCUUUUUCUUUUUUGCCUCUGCGUUGAGCGGGGGCUGGGCUGGUAGCGUCAGGAGGGGAAUGAAUGGGGGUGACGGGGACUGAAAAUCAAAAGAGAAAUAAAGACAAAGACGAUGUUUAGUCAUGGCAAAUCGGGAAGCUCUUCGCAUGGGAAUCGGCGUGGUCACGAUUUGAUCGAAUGUCGCUUUUGACGGCUUUGACGGGCUGCGGCAAAGCAUAGCUGCGGUCCGUCGGAAAUACCAAACCAAUUCAAAAUCAACAGUAAAUGAGCAUCAUCAAUGAGACGUUUGCGUAGUGGGUCGGACGACUUGUGGAG